AUGUACCCCCAGGGCCGGCACCCGGCUCCGCACCAGCCGGGCCAGCCGGGCUUCAAAUUCACUGUAGCCGAAUCCUGCGACCGCAUCAAGGACGAGUUCCAGUUCCUACAAGCCCAGUACCACAGUUUGAAAGUGGAGUAUGAUAAACUGGCCAACGAGAAGACGGAGAUGCAGCGCCAUUAUGUUAUGUACUACGAGAUGUCCUAUGGGUUGAAUAUUGAAAUGCACAAACAGACAGAAAUUGCUAAAAGACUGAAUACCAUUUUAGCCCAGAUCAUGCCUUUUCUGUCACAAGAGCACCAACAGCAAGUGGCACAGGCUGUUGAGCGUGCCAAGCAAGUGACAAUGACGGAGUUGAAUGCUAUCAUCGGGGUACGUGGACUUCCCAAUCUGCCUCUCACCCAGCAGCAGCUCCAGGCCCAGCACCUCUCCCAUGCUGCUCAUGGGCCCCCAGUCCAGCUGCCACCACAUCCCUCUGGUCUCCAGCCACCAGGCAUCCCACCAGUCACUGGCAGCAGCUCAGGGCUGCUGGCUCUUGGAGCCCUGGGGAGCCAGGCACACCUUGCUGUCAAGGAUGAGAAGAACCAUCAUGACCUGGACCACAGAGAGCGAGAUUCCAGUGCAAACAACUCGGUUUCACCCUCGGAGAGCCUGAGGGCCAGCGAGAAGCACCGGAGCUCCACGGACUACAGCAUUGACUCCAAGAAGAGGAAAGCAGAGGAGAAGGACAGCAUGAGCCGAUAUGACAGUGAUGGUGACAAGAGCGACGACCUGGUGGUCGAUGUCUCCAACGAGGACCCUGCCACCCCCCGGGUCAGCCCAGCCCACUCCCCACCAGAGAAUGGCAUAGACAAAGCCCGUGGGCUGAAGAAGGGGGACGCACCCAACAGCCCAGCCUCGGUGGCCUCCUCCAGCAGCACUCCCUCAUCCAAGACUAAGGACCUGGGACACAACGACAAGUCCUCAACCCCCGGGCUCAAGUCCAACACUCCGACGCCGAGGAACGAUGCUCCCACCCCUGGGACCAGCAGCACCCCGGGGCUGCGGCCGAUGCCCGGCAAGCCAACGGGCAUGGACCCUCUGGCCUCAGCCCUACGGACACCCAUCUCCCUCACUGGUUCCUACGCAGCUCCCUUCGCCAUGAUGGGCCACCAUGAGAUGAAUGGGUCCCUCACCAGCCCUGGUGCCUACGCUGGGCUCCACAACAUCCCCCCACAGAUGAGCGCCGCUGCCGCCGCCGCUGCCGCCUAUGGCCGGUCGCCAAUGGUUGGUUUCGACCCACAUCCACCCAUGAGAGCCCCUGGCUUGCCCUCCAGCCUGGCCUCCAUCCCUGGAGGCAAACCGGCCUACUCCUUCCACGUGAGCGCGGACGGGCAGAUGCAGCCGGUGCCCUUCCCCCACGACGCCCUGGCCGGCCCCGGCAUCCCGCGGCACGCCCGGCAGAUCAACACGCUGAGCCACGGGGAGGUGGUGUGUGCUGUCACCAUCAGCAACCCCACCAGGCACGUCUACACCGGGGGCAAGGGCUGCGUGAAGAUCUGGGACAUCAGCCAGCCGGGCAGCAAGAGCCCCAUCUCCCAGCUGGACUGUCUGAACAGGGACAACUACAUCCGCUCCUGCAAGCUCCUCCCUGAUGGGCGCACGCUGAUCGUGGGAGGAGAAGCCAGCACCCUCACCAUCUGGGACCUGGCUUCCCCCACCCCUCGCAUCAAAGCCGAGCUGACCUCCUCUGCCCCUGCUUGCUACGCCCUGGCCAUCAGCCCCGACGCCAAAGUCUGCUUCUCCUGCUGCAGCGACGGCAACAUCGCCGUCUGGGACCUGCACAACCAGACCCUCGUCAGGCAAUUCCAAGGCCACACAGACGGUGCCAGCUGCAUAGACAUCUCCCACGACGGUACGAAGUUGUGGACGGGGGGUCUGGACAACACGGUGCGUUCCUGGGACCUGCGGGAAGGCAGACAGCUCCAGCAGCAUGAUUUCACCUCCCAGAUCUUCUCCUUGGGCUACUGCCCGACGGGCGAGUGGCUGGCGGUGGGCAUGGAGAGCAGCAACGUGGAAGUUCUGCACCACACCAAACCUGACAAGUACCAACUGCACCUCCAUGAGAGCUGUGUCCUCUCCCUCAAGUUUGCCUACUGCGGAAAAUGGUUUGUGAGUACUGGAAAAGACAACCUGCUCAAUGCCUGGAGGACGCCCUACGGAGCCAGCAUCUUCCAGUCCAAGGAAUCGUCGUCCGUCUUGAGCUGCGACAUUUCCGCGGACGACAAAUACAUCGUCACGGGCUCUGGCGACAAGAAGGCCACAGUCUACGAGGUCAUCUACUAA